AUGUCCUCAAUUCUCCGCCAGAUCGUCGCAGGUCCAAGACAACAGCACCCAGAAGCAGGCCUCGAUCUAUGCUAUGUAACAGACAACCUAAUCGCAACCUCCGGUCCCUCAGGGACAUACCCACAGCGCGCGUACCGCAACCCCCUCGACGCGCUAGUCAAGUACCUGGACACAAAACACGGCUCGAACUGGUGUAUUUGGGAAUUCCGCGCUGAGGGAACAGGGUAUCCAGACUCAGAGGUGUAUGGGCGCAUUCAUCACUUCCCCUGGCCGGACCACCACCCGCCGCCGUUUGCGCUGAUCCCCAAUAUCGUGGGGAGUAUGCGCAACUGGCUUCAUUGUCUUGAUGAUCAUGGGAAUAAGGUGGAUGUGGAUGGGGAGAGGGUCGCCGUGGUGCACUGUAAGGCAGGUAAAGGGCGCAGUGGGACAGUCGCGUGCGCGUACCUGAUCAGUCAGGAGGGGUGGAAGAAGGAAGAUGCAUUGCAGAGAUUUACGGAUCGACGCAUGCGCGUCGGAUUCGGGAAUGGUGUUAGUAUCCCCAGUCAGUUGCGGUAUGUUGGGUAUAUCGACCGGUGGGCGAAUCAGAUGGGGAAGCAAUAUGUUGAGAGGCCAGUUGAGAUUCUGGAGGUUCAUAUAUGGGGAUUGAGGGAUGGAGUCAAGGUUGCUGUGGAGGGGUAUGUGGAGGAAGGGAAGAAGAUCAAAUGUUUCCAUUUGUUCCAUCGGAAUGAGCGUACGAUCAUUGAAGAUGGGAAAAUGGAUCAGAGCAAAUCCACAGAUCCCUCUUCUGACUCCUCGCAAGCGGAUCUUUCAUCACCUGUCACACCUGGAACUGUCCCAGCUAUGAUUUUCAAGCCUCACAAACCGCUCAUUGUCACCAGCUCAGAUGUCAACAUCGACCUUGAGCGUCGCAGCAAAGCCUCAUACACUGGUUUUGCAAUGGUGACUUCCAUCGCACACGUUUGGUUCAAUCCCUAUUUCGAAGGCGGAUCAGAGCACGACUCUGGCGUCUUCGAGACGGAAUGGGAUGCCAUGGAUGGGAUCAAGGGUAGUGCGCGAAAGGGCAUGCGCGCAUUAGACAAGCUCAAGGUUGUCUGGCGGUAUCCAUCAGAGUCCCAGGCAAAAGGGAAAGGAAAAGAAGUCCCAGCUGAAGGGAGACCCAUCAGUGAGCCCCAGCCUGGUGAUCCCAUCCAUGAAAGCGAUCCGCCCGACUGGCGUGGGGUUUCAGACGUGAAGAGUCAGGAGAACAUACUUCCCUCUCCUUCUGUGACCUCUCCCUCUGUGAAGUCUUUGACAUCGAAGAAGAGUACUACCAGUAUCUCGGAUAAGACGAAGGAGUUGGGUCAUAUCAUAGAGAAGGAGCUUGGGCUGCGAAAGCAGACGGAUGAUAGCAAGGAUGUUAGUCUCGCUGGGAGUGAUGAUGAGACGAGAAUUAUCACUGAUGAUGAAGGGAAGAAGGUUAAAGUGAAGAAAGAUCAGGAUGGUUUGGAGGGAGUGAAAGCACAUUAUGGAGAGGGCAAAGAUGCGACUGAUACCAGUGCGAACUAG